AUGGCACCUUUGGCCCAGGAGGGCUAUUCUCUUUUCGUGUUCCCCUUCUCUUUGUAUUCCAUCAUGACAAGGUAUACUUUUACUCUGGGCCGCGCAGGCUUGCCUCAAGAAACUAGUUCCCUGGACAUUAAUCUCAAGCUUGUCAACCUUCAUCGCGAUGAGAACCUGGCCGAAGAUUAUCUCUUGAAUAUCAACCCGAAAGGACAGGUGCCUGCUCUCACUGGGAAUGAUCUCCCAACACCUUUGACCGACAGCCUGGAUAUCUCGUACUGGCUCUGUAAUCACUUCCCAGGGUUGCUCCCGGAAGCACACAAGCCAGUUAUUCAGCAGUUUCUGACUCAACUGCAUGGAUUCGAGGGACUCUCGCUGUCGGUACCGUCAAAGGCCGAUCGGCAGGAGGGAGUGCCAAAUCCAUCGUUGGAUGCUUUACUAGCCCGAUCUGAUAUAACGCCAGAGUACAAGCGUGCUUUGGAGUAUAAGAAAAAGUUCCACCAAGAAACUCAAGAACCAGCGCUCUGGGAAGAAAAUGUUGAGAGAGCCGAGCGGCUUGCGAAAUCAGUAUUCGACAGGGUCCUGAGAAUCCACUCUUGGCCACAGCACACUUCAGGGCCUUGGAUCUUUGGCGAAGCCGCGACUGUGCUGGACGCACAUCUCGUGCCGCUCGUCGCACGCUUGUUGGACUGCGGGCGAACGGACCUGGUACCAGACGAGCUUCAAGAGUAUGCCUUGGCAGCGAUGCGCGGACCAGAAUACCAAGCUGUCACUCACGGCCGGCGCACGAUUUGGGAUGUCUCUCUGGGCCAUGUGGGCUUGAUGAAGGACUUUUAG